UUAGAAGUCGCGCGUUGUUUAUAAAAGCUGCGUUAAAAAACUAGGCUGCAACGUAGUAGCAUAUGGAUUCAUAACUGGCACAGGUGUUUCCGUAAUUACGAUCGUGUUCGCAGAAUACAUCGUGACAUGUCGGCGAACUUCAUAAGCCGACGUUGCAAGCUUCGUUGCGAUAGAAUCGCAGUGUGUGCCAUAGUUGGUAAAUCGAUGUACACACGCAGCUCGCGUCUCUGUUUAUUCUUCGCUCAUCCGUCUCUUUUCUCUUCUCUAAUCCACCGAUCGUGCCAUUUUUUUCACCAUUUUCUUUUUGCUUCCCUUACAUUUUGCUAUCCACUGUGCUACCUUCCUUUCUGCGUUCCCUGUACUCUGUCAUUUUGCGUCCCUUGCAACCACUUGAAGAAACAUCCCCCUUCAGUGUCCAUUCCUUUACAUUAUUUUCCUCCUUCUCAACUUUUAUCGCAACAUUUUUCCUUAUUCCGCUUCAAAUUUACCCUUUUUAGUCCUGUGACCUGUCUUCGCCGCUUUAUCUACCUUUCUCCACCGAGUCGUAUCCGCAACACAAUAUCCCGUCCUUCCAGUUGCUCGUUUCACUUUCCUUCGUCUUCUCCCUCACAUUCUUUUCCACAUUCUUCCAUUUCAUUCAUUUCUUCGCCUACACGCAUACACACGUAUAUCAAUCCUGCGCAACACCUUGUACCACCUUAUACCAUCUUCCUCCAGCGGGACUUCUUUGCUUUAUCGCACAAUCCACUAUUCUUAACCCCUCUACCCGUCGAUCGCGGUUUCAUUCUCACCCUUCCACCCUCUCCCGUCUAUCCAACGUUUCCCACAUUCCCUUCUCCCUUCUUCUAACCCUUCCUCGCUGUACAUCCUCAACCCCUGUACGCCGCCACCCCCACCAAAUGAACGAGAGCGCCGGCCCGAAAGCCUCGGUUGAGUCAAGCUCCGGCACGGUUCAGGCGAGUUCAGUCGCGCCAUUCGGCCGUGGUGUUCACGUGCCAUCGCAAGCUUGCAAUACGUCUGUCGUUUCGUCGACCAUAAGAACGGAAAAACAUACCAAAAGAGGGAAGGGAAACGGAGAACGAGAAAGAGAGGGAGUGAGGCAAGUGGAUCGCACGCGUUCGAUGUUCCCGCUCGGAGAGGCCUGCCACGAUCGCAAGAAUGCCUAAUGAAAACGCGCCAGUGUGCGGGUGCGGAGUUGUGGUCGAUCUGCCAAAAUCACGAAGUGGCGCCCUGUCCUCGAGGAAGCUUACGAUCAGAAUAUCGAAGUCGAAGGGUAGCAAGUCGGACGGGCGGGCUGCCAAGAAACAACAAGACGACGCUCGUGGGAAGAACAGAAGUUCUGAAACAGGAAGCUGCAGCUCGGUGACAGAACAAGCUAGACCAGUUACGAAAAGUAGCAAACACGAGAAGCGGUUGAAUCACUCGAGGAGAACCCGAAGCGCAGACAGAGCGGAGUCGCACUAUACUUAUAUAGAUUCUGGCUCGAGCAUACUCGGCGGCGGGAUUCGGGAAAACGCUAUAGCGGAGGCGCUGUAUGCCACCAUUCCAGACACGCCGAACGCGAGCGCCAACGAAACCGGAAAUAGUCAAUUAAAUGCGCAAAGUAGAUCGCAACCCGUUUACGCCAUUCCUUCUAUGGUAUCGCCACCGCCCACCUAUGACGUGGCGAUCUCGAAAACGUGGCAGACCGGAUUGCCACCCACCUACGAGGAAUACCUGUGUCACAAAUACGCCAUGAUAUCGCGAUCUCAUACACCACCUCCUCCAUGGUCAGAUUCUACGACAGCGACGACGACACCUACGGCACCGAACGUUCAGACGCGUCGCGAACUGUUGGCCAGUCAGCCCGAACUCAGAGAAUAUUUGGCGCAGUUGUCGCUUUCUCAGAACAACGAGAGAUCCACUGGCCAUCACCACCACCAUCAGGGAACCGUUCUGCGAGAUAGCAGCUACCUCUCGAACCAGCAAGUCUCGAGGGAGCAAGUGAGGACGCAACAACGUCCACGAGCUAUGCCUCCCAGAUCACAAAGCGAGAGCCGUGUGCAGCAGCAAAGAAUCGCGACGAUGUACGAGGAUGGCGCGUUCUGCAUGGAAACGACCGCGUUGCAAUCAGCAUUCGAGAACGGGAUAGCCCUGUGCAGCUUGAUGUAAGCCACAGCGAAGAUCCGCGUAGCGAUCCAGGACGGAACAUAGCCAGAGAAUUGCACCGAUUCGAAAAAUCGAGGCGUCUCUAUUCGCGACCGUUAGAAGAGAAGAAUUUCAUCGUGGAUGCAACGAAGCCCGUCAAGGUUCCGGCGACAAAUCCCUCGAUCGACUUUGGUAUAAUCGAUCACACCCCUCGAUCCCUUUUUCUUUUUUCCUCCUUUUAACUUGCUAUUCCUUUCAUCGUGUCCGGGUAGAAUUAGAAACGUGAAAAGUUUCGAACUAGCACGACUACCGUGAAAUGACCGAUAAUUAAGUGUAACUUUUUCGCUCGACUUUAUCCAGAGGAGAAACAAAAUCGAUGGACGUCCACGAGCACGAAAGGGAUUUCGAAAGUUGGGCGAGCGUUCGGAAUUUUUUAAGGCUAGUUGGAAACUUCCCAGACGGCCGGAAGUCGCCGGAGAUCCUCCAAGUUUUUCCAACCAUGCUGGACUUAAUCUGUUGGAGGAACGUGGGGAAACUUCCGAGAAACCGCCGGGAUCUCGAGGAAACUGUCAACGUUAUCCACGCAAAAAAUCCCGAGAACGCUCGAAACUUUCGAGUUUGCUCUCCGCGACAUCGUCUAGCGCUUCUCCGUCGAAAUUCUGGAUGUUCAUAGAACUCCCGUUGGUGUCUUUGACGGGGAAGACUCUUCGCUAAGGAUGGCUCGACUAGGUGAUCGACAAGUGAGAAAUUUUAGUAAAUCGCUUUGUGUAAAUGCAAAUUUAGUCGACCGGCUUAAUCGAUAGCAACGAGUGCCAGGUAGAAAACCGUAGUCGAAAUCUAAAAAAGUAGGUUUUACUCACCUACGUAUCUAAAUUUUUCUGUUUGUAUACGAAAACUUUACCCAUCACUCGAUCCUUAAUCGACUUUCGACUGAGCUAGCCUAAAUUUUCACUUACACAAAGCGACUUCUUACUUGUCAUUCGACUUACUCAGCCGACUCGUCUGUAGUCACCCUAAAUGAUGAGAUUCUGUGUUCUUCGCAAAAAUCUUUCUUCGAGCAAAUAACCUAGUGUAUGUAACAGGUUGGUUCAUAAGUUGUGCUGUUCUAUUUAUUAGAAAUUUGAUAUGAAGUACCGUCGCUGUUCAUCGUCUUUUGCUAUCCGAAAACUUUAAAUUUUUCUGUACCUAAGCUACCACACCUAUUUGAUAAAAAUAAUAUGUAGAAACUUUUGAUAAAAAUUUCCCCUCUGGAACCUGGAGAGCCAUCUGUUAUACUCUUUUGUCUCGCAGAUUAUAUUCUCAGUUGCAAUUUUUCUUUUUUUAAUUCGAUUACUUGAUGUGAUUUUUCUGUUGCUAUUCCUAAAUAAUUGAAUCGAUACAAUGUAUACGGCAGUAGCAACGCAUGUGUUAAAGAAUGGAUACUAAUUAGGAAAAUCGAAAGUAAUUAUCUAACAAAAUAUAUAAUUUAAUAAGUAGAAAAGAAUACUGCAUUGACAAUUGAUAAUAAACAGAGAGCAGAACUUAUGAAGCGACCAAAUCGAUAUACAUCGUGUUACUUGAUUCUAUUCCAAAGGAUGGUACGAAUCGAAAAUUCCAGAGCUCACAGUACUAUCGCACGACAAUUGCAUUCGCUAUUCACGGAUCACAAGUACGACGGAACGUUUGUAGAUAAUUCAGCUACGAGCAAGCAAUCGACGAAUAAUUUAGAAUGAAGCUCUUACUCGCAGUACUUGACGUCUCAUCUUCGGUAAUCGAUCGAUCGUUCUGUGAACCGAAAACGAAAUAUUUCGCCAUUGCCUUUGUCCUUUCUGGCUAGUCCAGGCCUUUUGUACGCCUAACGAAACGGGAGAAAAGGAAGAAUACCUUUCGUUCCGUGUCUUCUUAUAGCAAUUAAAACCUGGGAAUUCUUACACAAUCGAACUAUUAUUAUUAGUGAAAUUUUACAAAUUGCAAAUUCCAAGUACUAAAUUAAUAUCUAAUUUGAACAAUAUAAUUAAUAAUGCCAUAUUAUUAACGCUGGAGCUACGAAAGUGAUGAGAAUGAUCAGUUCAUAAUUUUUCAAAUUUUAAGGAUUUACAACCAUUUGGGAUAUUAAUAUCUUUUUGUAAAAUGUAAAAGUUCGUUUUCCUCUUCGCAUUAUAAAUAUGUAUUCUUCCAGGUAGCUUUCAUUUUUAUUUCCUCGAUGCAAGCUUCAUACGUUUAACGUGAAUAUAUCGUAUAAAUUCUCUCGUAUAACGAUAAAAAGUUCAAUUGAAUUAAACGAGCGAAGUUCCGCGAAUAAAUUUUA